CUGAAGUUAACUCCUGAGUACUUACAGCUGAUGAAGUACAAGGCCAUCGCAGCCAACAGUAAAAUCUACUUUGGAAACGACAUACCUCAGAUGUUUGUGGACUCUGGCUCUGUGGGCAGCUCUGUCAAAGCCUCUGCAGCCUUGGACAUUGUUGGUGAGCAGAUGCUGGACCUGGACUAACAAGGAAAGGACCACCUGGAGGCGGGGGACUCUACGUUGGAAGUCAGGAGGCUGAUUGGUUUGGACGACAGCUGCUCCUAGUUAUCCACUGGAGCUCUGCUGUCUGUGGUCUGUAUUUCUCAAACACAUCAGAAUCAUUCCUAAACAUUCUCCCAGAGUUAGUAAAAAGACUAGAGCAUUUAUCUUUUCAGCCAGAGAGAAAAAAAACGACUCAACAGAGCUGCAGUGGAUUUGUGGAGAUGAAAUGUGAGAUUUUUACCAAACAACCAGUCUUUUUUUAAUAAAAAAAAGGGGAUUUUGA